AGCACCAGGCUCGCCUGGCUCUCUUCUCCUCCCGCGACGGGAGACUCGUCGCGAAGAGAAGACACCGAAUCCGAAUUGAUCUCGCGUGCCUCGGUCUCCCCGAGCUUGGUUGGCAUGGCGCCAUUCAAUGAGACGUGGUGGAUGGUGGGCUGGCAGCUUCCGCUUGAAGCGGGCGCCCUCCAAAGUGCACGCGCCCAGGCAAUGCACUGCAAUGACACGCGCACAGCGCAUCAGAUUAGCUGUCCGGGCUUCACUCCUACGGGGGUAAGCCUGUUACUUGCCAUUUUCCCUUGCCUCCAGCAAGACCCGCUCUGUCUUCGUGUUCCUCUAAAUAUGCAGACACCCGCGCCCUUUCCACCUGUAAUCUUUUUGCUAAACAGCUUUCCCGUUCUCACUAACCACCAGGAACUCUCUUAGCAUCUCUCGUCAUUAAAGGGUGCCGCCUUUGCCCCGUGGGCUAGUCUAGAUAUCCAUAGGGAAUUGAACAUUUUACUGCAUUCUAUACCAAGAAACCUUCUUGCGAAGUGACUUCCA